UCCCGAUUUCACCAGCAACAAUGCAUCUCUCACCACUCUCCGCCUUGCUUCUUCUCCCAGCGGCUCUCGCGACGCAUCUCCGUAUCUCAGUGCCCUCCACGCCACUACUCCAACAGCCAUCCACUCUUCCGCCCUCUACACAUGCAACACUCAUCACACUUUCGCACCACUACUCCGCUCCUCUCACCGUAUCCAACGCCUUCGAGUUCCGAAAUGUAUCGUCAGGCAGCUAUCUUCUCGAUGUCCACUGCCAUACCCACUUCUUCGCACCUCUACGAGUCGAUGUUCACGAAGGGCUGAAAUUGAAGAGCGAUGGAUCUGGAGUGGAUGACAUUGCGGAAGUGAUGGCUUGGGGAACGUUCCGAGGUAACGAGUGGGGGAACAAAGGAGAAGCUGUUGUUGUGAAAGAGGUUGAGGGAAAGGUUGGGGUUUGGGGAUUCGAGGUUCCUGCGAGGGUUGUGAAGGAUUAUUAUAUUGAAAGGGCUGGAUUCUCCCCAUUGUCACUGCUCCAGAACCCGAUGAUCUUGAUUGCAGGAUUUAGUAUGAUUCUUGUAUUCGGCAUGCCGUAUAUUAUGGAUAACAUGGAUCCUGAGAUGAAGGCAGAAUUUGAAGAACGACAGAAAUCAUCUCCUCUUUCCGGCGGCGCUCAAGCAAAUCCUCUACAAAGCUUCGAUCCUGCAGCCUGGUUGGCUGGGGCUCCUAGUGCCGGUACGAAGGAGAAAAGGGAUGACAGGGCUCCUGCUGAAAGAGGAGUGACGAGGUGAUGACUCGUGGUGACGAUCAAUUGUAUAGAUAGCUGGAAUGUAAAUUGAGCAUUACACUACAACACAUAAUUACAUGGUUCAAGCGGAUUGUCUAUACCAAAUAAUAGAGAAUGAUUGAUU